CUUUCUUUCUUAAAAUUGUAGUAUAAUGAAUCAAGUUAUUUCACUCAUUUCGUAGUUACAUAUUCAUAUAAUAAACUUGUAAUAGCUUGCAUUCGUAAAUGCAAUGUACCUAAUAAGUAAAUAUUUGUUAGAUUCUACACUUGUAAAGAAUUAUAUAGGAGGAAUUAUUAUAUAUAUGAAUAUGUACAUUUUUUUUUCAAAAAAUAAAAAUAAAAAUAAAAAUAAAAAUAAAAAUAAAAAUAAAAUUAAAAAAGUUACUUGUGUAAUUAAAAACAACAGUUAUUUCUCCCUCCCUCCUCCCUCCCUUCCCCCACUCCCACUCUUUUAUAGAUACGCUUUUUUUUAUUAUUAUUAUUGUUUAUCAUUCAAAUCUUAUCUAUUAUUUGUGACAUGUAGCAGCAGCAGCAGCAGCAGCCUCAUUAUACAGAAUUUUGAUAAAAGUUAUUUAUUUUUCAUUUAACACAUAUGCCAAUGUUAAUGUAUUUAGUACAAUUUGAAGGCAUCACAGGAUACCCCUUACUUUGCCAAGAAAAAAAAAUAUAUAUUUAUAUAGUAAAGU